AUGUUUCUCCCUUUCCCUCUUCCGACCCCCCCACCUUUGUCCGCCCGCCGAUCAGUCAGUCUCCCAGGGUUUUGCGACGAGACUGCCACAAUGACGGAGAAGAUUUACGUUUCAUACAACGAGGUUCACAAGCUGUGCCAGAAAUCGGCCGACCGUCUGCUGGCCGAGUUCCAGCCGCAGCUCAUGAUUGCCAUUGGCGGCGGCGGCUUCAUCCCCGCGCGGAUCCUGCGGUCCUUUCUGAAGAAGCCCGGCUCGCCCAACAUCCCCAUCCAGGCCAUCGGGCUUUCGCUGUACGAGUCGCUCGGCGAAAACGAGGGCGUCGAGCAGAUCGGCACCAAGAUCACCCGCACGCAAUGGCUGGACCUCACGGCGCUGGGCCAGAUGGAGAACCUGGUCGGCAAGCGCAUCCUCAUUGUCGACGAGGUGGACGACACGCGCACGACGCUCGAGUACGCCGUCAGGGAGCUGGAGAAGGACGUCGAGGCUGCUCGCCAGAGAAUGGGCGGCGACCAGCCCAAGACUGAGUUUUGCAUCUUUGUCCUGCACAACAAGGACAAACCCAAAAAGGGCGUGUUGCCCCGUGAUAUGCUGGCGACGCGGUACGAGGCUGCCGUCACCACGGGCGACACUUGGAUCAACUACCCCUGGGAGGCUCUCGACAUUGACGAGCACGACCGCAACGCUGCUCUGGGGAAGCAAGCGUAG